GAGUUGAUGCAUAUCAAUUUUCAGAGCUCUACGGCCGAAGCGAUAAUCUCACAUUUCGAAGGCUCAAAAGCAGAUUUGGUAGUUUGCGAUGGUGCACCUGACGUGACAGGAUUGCAUGCACUCGACGAAUACAUGCAAGGUCAAUUGAUCGUCGCGGCGCUGAAUAUUACAACAUUUGUGCUCAAAGAUUCCGGCACCUUUGUUGCCAAGAUAUUCCGUGCCAGACAUGUUACACUGUUGUACGCCCAGCUGAAAAAUUUCUUCGAGCAAGUGUUCUGUGCGAAGCCUCGAAGCAGUCGACAGAGUAGUUGUGAAGCAUUCGUUGUUUGUAGAGGUUUCCACCUGCCGGAUGGCUACACACCAACAAUGGAGAAUCCUAUGUUUACACCUGAUUAUGAUGACACAGUGAAUACACUGGUCGGCGCCAAUCGAGUAUUAGUACCGUUCGUCGCAUGCGGUGAUCUGUCAGGCUGGGAUUCGGAUCGUACCUACAGCCUCGACUUAUCAGAGAUUGGCGACGAAUUCGAGCCAAAACAGCGAUACGUCUAUACGCCUGUGGUACAGCCACCCACCGAACCUGCUUAUAAGGUAUUCAAAGCGUUGACCGUUCACUAUUUC